AUGUCAAGCCAUGCCGCUUUCCUCCUGGCCUUGCAGCUUUGCUGGUCCGCUGCCGAGCCUCCAAAGCGUUUCUCGAGGCAGGCGCACGACCCAAAGAAGCUGCGCUUCUACGAGUAUCCGGACAUCCAGGCAGCGGCGGCGUUGCCGCAGCUGACACUCAUGUUGGAUCCCGAGGCCGAGAAUUACCGCGAGGUCUACAACGCUUCGUGGCAGGUGGCCAAUGCCCUGCGAGGAGAGCGCUUGGCGGUGGUGAUCCUACCCGCCGACAUGCAGAGCGCCCUGAAAUUCUUCAAGGUGAAAGUCGGCGACCUGCCAACGGCGCCUGCCUCAGUGUUGGGUUCAGCACGCUGCAAGCUGGCCAUGCCGAAGCAGGCGAUGGUCGUGAACUGGACCAACGGGCUCGGCGAGCGCCCGUACCAGUUGUUUCUCCACUCACAAGGGGCUGCCCCUCCGCUGGCCAAAGCUCCACUCCUGGAGUUUUCGCAGCGCUUCCUCCGAGGCGAGGUGCCCCAGUGGCAGCGUUCAGCUCCCGUCGUCUCGGACCCACGGCAGCACAAUGCCCAGGCCGGCGCUCUGGAAAUCGUGGCAUCGCAGUUUGACGAGCUAGCGCUGGACGACGGCAAGGACGUCCUGGUCAUGUUCUUUGCACCUUGGUGCGGCUUUUCCAAGCGCAUGUCGCCGCGAGUGGACGAAUUGGCACGUCACUUCCGCUAUGCGAGACAGCUGUCGAUUCUCAAGAUCGACGACACACAAAAUGAUGUGGAUCACCCGGUCUUGAAGCAAAUGAAGGGGUACCCCUUCCUGGCCUUCUUCCCGGCGGGCAAGAAGAAUGAUGCCGUGCCCGUGCGGGUCAACGGCCGCCUGCUGGGUGACUCGGAAGCUUGGCUCAAGGAGGCAGCGCAACGCCUCCGUGCAUUGGCCACGGUCGAGCUUCUGGAAACGGCGCCUUCCACGGAGCCGGAGGAGGAAGCCUCGGGGCUCCUCACCGAUGCGGAAGAGCGCCUGGAAGAGUUCUGA